AUACAUAAUCUUACGGACAAACGCGUUCGAUCCUGUUUCGCCGUCAUUUGUGUACCGAAUUCGAGUGGAUGAAGUUGUGUUUUAGAUUUACUCUCCGAAAAUGUUUUCUUCCCGCGUUAAAAAAAUUAUGGAAAUAACAAAAAAUCUACAAAAUACUGGAGCAUUGCCCACAGAUGUCGACACACAAACAAAUACACCUGAAAAUGAAAUUGAAAUCAUUGAAGCAGAGUCAUCGGACGAUGAAAAUCAAAUAAAUAGUCCUGGAAGAAAUUAUCUUACAAGUGGAGAUGAAUUUUCCGACUUUGGGAGUGAUGAUUCUAUCAUAGAUAAAGACUAUUACCCAUCUUCGUCGGAUUCUGAUGAAAAUCCCCAUAAUCUGUUUGAUGAUACAAUCGAAGGCAGUGCCGCCGAGGCCGAUGAUUUCGAUUCAAAUACAGCUGAUGAAAAUGAAGCUAAUGACACCACAGAUGAUGAAAAUGGAAAUAUGCCGCAUGUUGGGCUAGAUACUAAUAAUUGGCAAGACAUUGUUGAAGGACAGUAUAUUCCUAAUAAAACGCACAAGUAUGGUGUCAAACUUUAUAAAUUGUGUGCUGUUGAUGGAUACACAGUCCAAGUUAUUAUAUAUACUGGAAAAAAUGAAAAGGUUGAAGGCCAACAGCAUUCAGAAACGAUGGUUUUAGAACUUCUAAAAUCUGUGGAAGCUAAAGAAGGGCAUUAUCUUUUUGCAGAUAAUUUUUAUAGCAGCUUGCCUCUAGCAAAAAAACUAUAUGAGGAAAAAAUUGUCUACUGCGGAACACUACGUGCAAAUAGGAAAGGAAUCCCAAAAUCUUUCCAAAAAAAGUUAAAAAAAGGAGAGACGUACGGUCAACAAAAUGGGUGCGUUAAAAUUAUAAAAUGGGUUGAUAAAAGACCAGUUUUAAUGCUGACUACCAAUCCUACUCAUAUUAGCACUGUUGAAGCAACUGGAAAAAAAUCAAGAAAGGGUGAAGAUAUUGUAAAGCCUAAGUGUGUUACAGAUUAUAACAAAGCUAAAAAAGGAGUUGAUUAUAGUGACCAGAUGUCUUCAUAUCACUCGGUUCUACGUCGAGGCCUAAAAUGGUACAGAAAAGUUAUGAAUGAAUUUUUAUUUGGAACAUGUAUCGUAAAUGCCUGGAUCAUUUUCAAUCGGAUUUCAAAGAACAAAAUGUCAAUAACCGAAUUUAGAAAAACUUUAGCGGAACAGUUAAGAGAUCCUCCUACAGUUGUUUCCGAACCAACAACACAAAACCAACUGGCCCAGGAAGAAAAAAAAGGAAGAUUUGUAGAGGAUGCUAUCAAAACCUUCGGACAACUGUAUCCAGCCGUGAAGCAAAUAAGAAAGUCACCAAAGUAACAAGUUUUUGUGAAGAUUGUCCCGGAAAACCUGGCAUGUGUCUUCCCUGCUUCAAUAAAUUACACACAUAAUAAUAACCUUUGUUGCAAUAAAUUCAUCUAACAGCACAUUUAUGAUUUAAAUAUUAU